UAAAGUUACAAAUAUUUAUUUCAAUUCAUAUUUGAUAGAUUGAACAAUUAUAAUUAUUACUUAUUCCCCCUUUAAUUUAUAGUCUACUUUUACAGCUUAUCUUUAUGAGAGCAUCCCUAAAAACGUUUCCUCGUGGUAGGCUAUAGCUUUUAUUAUUUAUUUUAACUUUUUUCUUGUGAUAAAAUUUUAAAUAUAUGCUCCCUGUUUCUUAUUUUACACCUUGUAAAUCAUUUCCUAUUAUUUCCAGCCUACAUUAAUUUCGUAUAGGCCUAAUAAUGUACUUCAUUAUCUUAUAGAUGCAAAUAGCCUACAAUAGAACUUUAUUGUUAUCAAUCACAGUUAAAUAACUGAACUAGUACCUAAUUAAUAUUCCAUCUUUCAUAUAAUAGGCUAAUAUAAUCUCAAAAAUUGACUGCGUUUUAGUAGUUUACUACAAGCAUUCCAGCUAAAUUUUACUUAUGCAUAACCUUACUUAUAGGCUAGGCUAGUUCAUUUUUGCAUUUUUGUUCAAGUAGGCGUGUGUUACUGGUAUGGUAUUCUUUGCUUUCUGACAAGAAAAUCAUAAAAUAAAUGCAGCACUCACUUUUAUUGCUCAUUAAAAAAAAUAACUCAACUCACUUGUAUCACAAUAUGUUGAAGAUAUAAAUUUUUUUAGCCUAAUCUUUAUUGACUAAGCUCAAGACAUUUUUCCAUUUCAUACAAGUGGCCGCACAAUACCUGGCUCAGAGCCCAAAGUAAAAUCUUUCUAAAUGCAAACUUGAAAUAGAGCCUAUGCUAGGUUAGGAUAAAUAUGCUGUUAGUUUUAUUUAUUUUGAACUUUCCUUUUUCAGAUUUCUAUUGAUUAUUAACUUGAAAAAUGUAUGCUGUGAUAGAGUUUGGGGGCAGUGAGGAGAACCAGACAGCCGUAGUGAGGGAGGAAUGGCUAACACCAGCUAAGAAAGAGGUUUUCUGGCCACCCUUCAAAGUUUCUACACAAUUCCAUAAGGCUUUGGUUGAAGGCGCAACACCUGACGAAAAAAAGUGGACAUUAUUUCCGGUCAGGCGAUGCCUAUACAUUUGUGAUGAUCUACUGAAGGCUCGUGAGAAAGAGAAAUUGGCGGAGAAGGAGUCUGACAUACAAACGGAUGGUGAUGAAUUACUUGAUGGGAGAAGAAAGAGACGAAAAACUAGCAAGAAACUAUUCAUCAGCAGUGAUGAUUCAUCUGACGACUCCUGCAAAAGAGCAAAAAAAAUCUUUCCUACAAAAACAAAUGUCAGUAUUACCCCCGUCCGCCUUCACCACCAACAAAUCAGCUACGGGAAGACUGUUCUUCACAAUCAUUAGUUUCCACACCAAAGUCAUCAACUGCAACACUGACACCGACAGACUCUUCAAUUGAAAAGACUGUCACUGAAUCUGGAUUUGCUGUUGUUGCAAGAAAACUUGCAAAACUUGAAAGUGAAGUAUUGUCUUUGAGACAGUAUUUGGAAGAGUAUCUCCCAAAAAUCGUCUGUAAUGCCGCUGGGACUGAAAAUUCGUCAAUGAUUCCAGAUUCCAUGCCAACACUACCAUGUUUGUCGCAUGAGGAUGUACUGAAACUUGAAGAGAGGAUUUCAGUGGAAGG